UCUCCAACCACAUCAAUUGCUCAACUGAACUCCAUUCACUAUGGGCAUUCGACUGAACCUGGGUACUCUGGUCCUAAUGCUCAUCUUCUACAGCAAAGUGCAUGCAGGGCGCAUCUAUGGGGGCAAGGAGGCCGUGCCUUACAGCAGACCCUACAUGGUCCUCCUGGAGAGGGCUACCACCAACAUCCUGAAGCCCAAAAACUGUGCUGGCUUUCUAGUGAGAGAGGACUUUGUGAUGACUGCUGCCCACUGCAAUGGGAGAUCCAUUAAGGUCAAGCUGGGAGUCCACAACGUGCAACAGGAAAGUGCUCAGGAAAUGUUUGUGAAACAGGCAUUUCCACAUCCACAUUAUGAUAAUGAAGAACAUGAUAAUGAUAUCAUGCUACUCAAGCUGGAGAAGAAUGUGCUUCUCACCAACCGUGUGAGACCCAUUGGCCUCCCGCAGACAGAAGAUGAGGAGGUGCCCAAGGACUGUCUGGUGUCAGGCUGGGGCUUCAAUAUCAGGGGAGUAAACAAAGGAUCCUCUGUGCUACUAGACCUCAACGUGACACUGGUUGCGAGUCAAGUAUGCUCAGACAACCAUGCGUUCUGCUCUUCAGGACUAAAUGGACCUGGUCAGGGAGACUCCGGUAGUCCAUUGGUCUGUAACGGUGUGGCCUAUGGGGUGGUGUCCUGCUCUACAGACGAACUCUACAUUUACACGCGCAUCCCUGACUACCUGGACUGGAUCACCAACACCAUGAAUAAUUGAUACGACACUGACCAGAAACCUCUACAGUUUGUUCAUUUGGCCACCCAGGUCCCUAGAAGCAUGAUUAUGAUACUGCAGAUUCUGAAUUUGUUUAUGUUUUUUGAUUGAUUUAACAGCGCUGGUUAAUGUCUGUGUGCCUACAUGCAGUAAGCCAAAGAUUGUUAUUAUAACCUCCUUGUUCUGUGUUGAAGCUUCUGAAUUCCCAUCGGUCAAACAAUGUUUUCAAGUCCUGUUCUGUGCUGCAGCUGUUUUAAAUCUUACAUUAUGAAUCGUGGGAUUAAAUAAGUAGAGAGUUGAUGUUAUUGAACACAUUUAUUUUGUGAAUAUCAAUAUGAGCAAACUGAGAAGAGGUGCUUUGAUGAAGUUGUCCCUUCAACAGUGAGGCAAUCACAUUAUUUCUGGCAGAUGCUUACUGCAUUUUGGAGUAGGCUAUAUUGAAAAUAUAUGAGCAGUAAAAGACAUUGAGCAUACCAAAAAUCUUAACAAGACUGCCCCCUUGUGCACAUCUGAAUAACAUACAGUCCACGUAAAAAACAUUAAAGGCCCAGUGCAGUCCAAAACGUGAUUUCCUGUGUUUUAUAUAUAUUUCCACACAAUGAGAUUGGAAUAAUACUGUGAAAUUGUGAAAAUUAUGAUAAUGCCCUUUUAGUGUGAGAGCUGUUUGAAAAGGCUGCCUGAAAUGUCAGCCUGCUUGGUGACAUCAGUUAGUUAAUAGACCCAUAAGAGAGUUCCAAACCUCUCUGCCAAUAACAGCUAGUUUUCAGUUUUCCCCUCCCCACACAGACUCCCAGACAGUCCUAGUAAAAUUCUUGCUUGAGAAACUGUUAUUUGCUAAGAUGCUAUUUUUGUUAUUUUUUGACAGUUUUAAUUGAAAACAGGUACUGAAAGGGUAUUCACCCCAAACCACAAAUUCCUAUGAUUAACAGUGUUAAAUAACACUAAUAUGUGAAAACAAUAUUUUUGGUGAAAAAAUGUUUCGUUUUCUCAUUAUAAUAAGCUUGGUAGCAACAUGUGAAAAUCGUUGUUGAAAUCUGUUGCAGCUAAAAAUUCACUACAAAACCCACAGUGCAAUUUUCUCUCUGGGAUGUCUAGGUAGCUAGCUAGCAAACGUAUAAUACCAAAGUCAAUAUCAGCAUGUGAAUUAACUAGCUAGCUGUAAAAUCGUCUAAACUGCACUAUCAAUUUAGGAGUCUAUUUCACCCAGAUCAAGGGCAGAUGGCGUUGCUAUGGCAACAAUGGCCUUUCCCAUGUUUCCCACAGACAUACAAGACGCAUUGCGAGAUGGUAAUUGAAGGAGAAACUGAGUUGAAUAAUUGAUUGAGCACAUCUAAGCGAAAUAUAUACUUUGCUAUAAUGAUAUAAAUGGAUGUGUUCUAGACACAUAUGCCCAUACUAUAUAUUGGCAGAUUUUGCGAUCUGGAGUGCAGGUAAUUGUUUUAAAAGCUUUAUGAAAUGUGAUAGCAUGUUAUCCUCUAUUUCUAGUGAAGAGA